AUGGGCUGGAACGGCCGUGAUACGCUGUGUCCGAAGCAUGCCGCACACCGCAGACAGCGAGGAACUUCUCAGCGAUUUUCCAGUCUUUUUCUUCUUCGAAGCUUUGGAGGUAACACCUAUCGGCUUCUGUUCAAGGUCGAGGAUGCACAUGUGAACGUGAUCAACUGCCUUCAGUUCGACGGCGAGAUGGACACCGUUUUCACUGGCUGCCACUCCAUCCGAGUGUGGAAGAUCGCGGGCUCCUUGAAGCAACUCCUGAACUUGACGGAGCCCUUUGGAAAGUCGACAUCCAUCACUGCCAUUCGGUAUCGCCCGAGUGGAGGCCUUCUCUUCGGCUGUGGCUCCACAGGCUCGAUCUCAGUCUGGCACUACUCCGAACCCGAGCUUGUCUUACUCUUGAGCGUCCAGAGCGCACACAGCCGCGGCAUCGUCUCCAUCGUGCUUUGCCCAGAGCAUGGGCUCCUUUUCACAGGGGGCAACGACAAGAUCUUGAAAAGCUGGCACCUCCGAGGCGGUCUCAAAGCCAAGGGACACGCCAUGGAGUCCGGGACAAAGCGGCCAUUUUCAGCAUGCCCUGCCCCAUUGGCCUAA